AUGAUUCCUUUAAAAACAAAGAACAAAGGCCUAAACCUAACAAGUAAUGAAGAAGGAGAAAAGUCCUUUGAAUCUUUAUGUAGUCCCAAGAUGUCUGGAAUAUUGAGCAAAUCUUACUUGAACCAGCUUCAGAGCGAACGACAUGGAGGCAGCUCUUCUGUAAUGUUACAGAAAGAUCACAGGCCAACUGUAAAUUCUAUGCUAAAGGGGAUUCUUAAGAAGACUUUUAAGAAUAACCACAUUGAGGAUUUGAAGCUGCAUACAUUGAAUUACUCUCAGAAGAACUAUCUGAAUAAGAUUAUGAAGGAACGCAAGAGCCUUGUACCUUUUAAAUUACCUUACAGAGAUGAUGAAUCACAACAGCGUGAAAUUCAAUAUCAGCAGGUUACUGCUCUGAUGGCUAGUGCCACUGACCAGAAAAAGAAGGCGCUAAAUAAAACAGUGAAUAGACAAUCAAGAUUGCGUCUUCCCCAGCUUUCCCCCAAUUUGACUCCUAAACUAAACAUUUUUGAGAAAAGGUUCAAUUCUGUGAAAUCUAGUAAAUAAGAAGAGAAUGGUUUUCUCAAAUAAUAGCCCGCAAGAAAGUCAAAAGGAAUUUCCUAAUACCUCAGCAAGAUUUACCUCUAUUAAAGAAGCACUCCCUGUUGCCAUCUUGAGGAAGAAGCAAAAUCUUGGGAAGACUGAAGAUGAGGAAGAGAGCAAAUCGAAUGUCAAGAAAUUCAUUAAAGUUAAAAAUCCAAAACAGUAUCAUAAGAAAGGCUUGCUCUCGAACGAGCUGACCACAGGGAAACCUCUGGAUAAUACAUUGGACUCUAAGAUUCUGCAAGGAAGAUCAUACCUGAUCUCUGUAUCUCCCUCUCAAAAGAACUAUGAUAAAAAUAUUAAGAAGAAGUUCCUAUUGAAGCGGAACUUCUUGAACCAGAGCACAGAAGAAUUCAAGAUAGAGGAUCAGUAUGAGAAUAGAGCUGCUGUGCAGAAAAUAAGAUAUAAAAAGGUAUGGCAUCCUGUCUUUUGUCAAUCAGCCACUCUUACAAACCUGAAGGGAUACACCUACCUCAUCGGAGGUGUGAAUCACUCUGUGAUAAAGCAAGUCUGUUGUAUUGCAAAUACUGACUCUGAGUGCUUAUGGAAGGUCUUUAAGGAUGACCACCAGACAAUCCUUCAGAGAUACGGACAUACCUGCAAUAUUUAUAAAGACUCAUUAAUAAUCUUUGGUGGGCAGAAAGGCUCUGCUAGCAAGAAGGCGAAAAGACUUGUACUUAAUGAUAUUUGGCUGUACAACCCACAAGUGGGAACUCUCGAACAAAUUUUGACCAAGAGUGGCCCUGACCUCUGAUAUGGCCACUCUGCAUGAGUAGCUGGCAACUAUUUGGUCGUUCAUGGAGGCGUCAACGAGAUGGGCGAUGUCCUUCAAGAUCUAGGGGUUCUUGAUAUAGCUAAGAAAAAGUGGCUCAAAGUGAAUAUGCCAGCCAAAGGAGCUAAAAAUCCUCCAGGAAUCUGAUUUUCACGGAUGGUGGCUGUAUUUUAUGAGGGUAGGAAAAAGAACCCUCAUGGAGAGUUUUUUGGAAAGUAUAAGCAAGACCAGAAUUUGGACCCAUUUCUACCUAAGCCAAAGCGAGACAAAAUCAAGGAUAAAGAUAUUAUCCUCGAAGGUUGUUAUAUGUUUGGUGGAAUAACUAAUGACAAUGACAUCAUUGAUCAUCUUUACAUCCUUAAAAUUCAGAAUGAAGGGAAGGACUUCGAAUGGGAAAAGGUCGAGGACUAUAAUGGUAAAUCUCCGUGUGAAAGAUCUCACCACUUCAUGGAGUAUCUCAAGUUCAACAAUUCUAUUUUAGUAUUUGGAGGGAGAAAUGACAACAAUCAAAAAUCAUCUGUGCUAAAUGAUAUGUACUUUUUACAAAUGGAUACUUUAACUUGGAUAAGUGUUACUUAUGCUAACAAAAAACCUGCUGCCAGGUUUUCUCAUGCUUGAGGAAUUCAGGAUUCAAAACUCAUAAUUUUCGGUGGUGUCAACAGCAAUUUCGAAAUGGAACAAUCAGUUGAAGUCAUAGAAUUCGAUCCAGAGAAAUUUGGUAAUACCAAUUUCACAAAUAUUUUGCAUUAGAUGGCGAUAUAAUUGAUGCUGCAUAAUAGUGGGAAAUUCUGGUACUUUCAUUCAUCUGGGUAAUCUUCCCAAUUAAUGGUCUUUAGUCAUGAAUAACCAAAUCCUUAUUUUCUCAAUUUAA